AUGUUUGGAAAUAAUGCGGGAGAUGGGUAUGAGCAAAAUAUGUUUGGAAACAAUGCGGGGGAUGGGUAUGAGCAACAGGGAAAUAGGUAUCAUGAUAUGGUUACAGAGGCAUUGCAUGAAGCUGCUAUUCCUGAUAGUAGUAGGGAAGAACCUAACAUAGACGCACAACGAUUUUAUAAUAUGUUAGACGCUGCCAAUGAACCCAUCUACGAAGGAUGUAGAGAAGGGCUUUCUAGAUUAUCACUAGCAUCUAGGAUGAUGACUAUUAAAAGUGAUCAUAAUCUAAAUGAGAAGUGCAUGGAUUCGUGGGCUCAACUCAUUAAUGAGUAUUUACCAGAAGGUAAUCUUGCUGCUGAUAAUUUCUAUGAAAUUCAGAAGCUAGUUGCCGGUCUUGGUCUACCAUCUGAAAUGAUUAAUGUAUGCAUUGACAACUGCAUGAUUUACUGGAAAGAUGAUGAAAAACUGACGGAAUAUAGAUUGAAGCGUUUGUACCACUCAGAAAGGACAGUCGCGUCGAUGAGAUGGCAUGCCCAACAUUCGGUGAAAGAUGGCGAGAUUACACAUCCCUCAGAUGCGAAGGCAUGGAAACACUUUCAAACCGUAUAUUCCGACUUUGCGAGUGAGUUUAGGAACGUUUAUCUUGGCUUAUGCACGGAUGGAUUUAGUCCAUUUGGUAUGUCUGGAAGACAAUACUCUUUAUGGCCUGUCAUCUUGACGCCAUACAACCUCCCUCCGGAGAUGUGCAUGCAAAGAGAAUUUUUGUUCUUGAGUAUUCUAGUGCCUGGUCCAAAACAUCCAAAGCGAGCACUUGAUGUUUUUUCGCAACCUUUGAUCCAUGAGCUGAAGAUGUUGUGGCAUCAUGGCGUGCAGACAUGGGAUUACUCGCAGCAACAGAACUUUAAUAUGCGUGCAGUGCUUAUGUGGACCAUUAGUGACUUCCCCGCAUAUGGAAUGUUAUCGGGUUGGACCACACAAGAAAGAUUAUCAUGUCCACAUUGUAUGGAUAGGACAGAUGCUUUUCAGCUGAAAAAUGGGAGGAAGUCAUGUUGGUUUGAUUGUCACCGUAGGUUUCUUCCGCCGCAUCAUACAUAUCGUAAGAACAAGAAAUUGUUUAGGAAAAACAAGGUAGUGCAUGUUCCUCCCCCAGUAAUGCAACCAGGAGCAUCUUUGUUAGAGCAGAUUGAUUAUUACGGUGCUAAGGAGACAUGUAAAGUUGGAGGAAAUUGGCACACUCCACCUAACAUGCCAGAUGGGUAUACGGCAUCUCAUAAUUGGCAUAAGAAGAGCAUAUUUUGGGAGCUUCCAUAUUGGAAGGAUCAUCUCUUAAGGCACAACCUUGAUGUGAUGUACAUAGAGAAGAAUGUUUUUGAGAAUAUCAUGAACACUCUUUUGGAUGUGAAGGGAAAGAGUAAAGAAAAUUUGAAAUCGAGGUUGGAUUUGCCAGAGUUAUGUGCAAGACCAGAGCUGCAUGUGACAAGAGAAGGAAAAUUACCAGUUCCGAAUUUUAGAUUGUCUGGGGUGGCAAAGCAAAAGUUGUUUGACUGGCGGCUCCUACCGUUCGCAAUGACGGAGCUAUUACCGAAACAUGUUCAUGAAGCAAUAUCCGGAGUUGGAGCAUUUUUUAGGGAUUUAUGCACUCGGACAUUGACUGAGGAUGGGAUCGAGUUGUUAGCCAAGGAUAUUCCGCUCUUGGGGGCCUUGUGCAAUUCCGAUGGAUGUAUGUAUUUGAGAGAUUCAUGGGAUAUCUAA